AUCAGAAAUUCAGAAGCAAAUAACAGACUUCGGAACGAGCAACAGACGCACAGAGCUGAAAUGGAAGAUCCGAGGAGAGGUUCCACUCUGUCGUUCACUUUCAUCCUCUGCUUCUCACUGUGGCUCACGCCUGGAGAAACCUCCACCUUUUUGGAUCAAUGCAUUGACGAAUGUCCGGCGACACAUUUCACCUCCACGUACGAUGUGCAUUGUUCUAACAGGUGUGAAAAGCGCGGUUCUGACUACUACAAGUGCAAUUCCCAAAAGGGCUGGGACUACUGCUCACCAGGAGAGGACAUUGAUUACGAAGGCAACCACUGUCUCAAGGCCUGUGGCAAAUAUGGAGAAGACAGCUUCUACCAGUGUUACUUGUGGGAAGGAUCCUGGGGCAAAUGUGCUCGGGUGGAGCCGAGGGCAAUGAUUUAUCACACCAGGUAUCAGAGACAAUGUGUUGACAGCUGUCAGUUUUAUGAGUCAGAGGAUUACUUCUGGUGCCAUGAUGGAGAUGACUGGGAGUACUGCUCACCUCUACCAGACCACACCUACAAGAAUGAGCCUUGUCGCUUCAAUCACGAGUGUGGAAGGCAUGGUGAGAGUUACACCUGGUGCUACACAACAUUCGACAACGACUGGGAUUACUGUGGAGUGAUCGGUCCUGGAGAGUGUGUGUCUUCCCAGACGUACCGCGCCAAACGACAACCCAAUAAUCCAAGAGUGAUCUGUACCAGGGAAGACAACAACAACAGGAGAGUGACCACGUUCAGAGAAGAAGGAGAUUCUCGUAACAUCGCUCCAACCAACAGAAAGUUACGCAAUGAAGCCGUAGACUUAAUUAACCAAUGGAACAACCAGGGCUUGACUGACCAGUCCAGGUCCGAGUUGAUUACAUCGAGCAAUCUUCGCCUUGACAACCAGGGACUGUUCAACAGGAACAAUCAGCGGUGUUACAACCUGCAAAUCCAGCUCAACGGACAACGCGCUUCUGGACGCAGCACCACUGUGGCACAUAUCAUAGUUCCUGUUGACACGUCAGCUGAAUACAUGCGUUUGGCCUUCAGGGAGAGUUUACAGCGCCAGGUCAGUGUGGUGUUGGAAGUCAUCGAUGAAGCAUCCACCUCCACAAGCAACAACCAGAAGUGUUGUAAAAGACGUAAAAAUUAAGGUCACUCAAACGUGUGUAGCUGAUGAUUGUGACAGCGCACACGUUAACUGCCUCAUGUCAGAGGCAGAAUGAGUGAGUGAAGCUCUCAGUUAGCAAACGUUGUGUCUUAAUCGGUUUUCAAUCUGUCUUUAUCAAUAAUCGCUCAAUCCCAGAGAAUGAGUUUUUAUUAUUUGUCUUCUUAGUGCUUUCUGCGGAUGAAGUGGUUCUGUUGGCUUCAUCGGGCCGGGACCUCUCGUGCUCACUGCGGCGGUUUGUGUAGUUCUACUGAUUGACACAAGUGUUCUACAUCAAAACAAAUCAAUGUCACAUCUCCGCUUUAGUUUAACGACCCUUUUAUUCUGCAUGUUGCCUCGUUUUAUUUUGAAACUCACAUGUUGUCCUAUUUCCGGUCACUUCACUUCCUGAACCUCCUGUGUUUCCUGUGAUAAACAAGUGAUGUUCUCUCUGCCCCUUCGAUCGCUGCUCGUUAAGGCUGCGACACACUUCAGACCCAGUUUUCACCUUUGACCAUCGCAGGGUCAUUCCUGACAUGAAACAUGUUUCAUAUCCACGGUAAUUGGCUCCGACAGAAAACAGCACAAGCCAAUGAGGAUGUUGUGUACUUUUACAGCUGCGACUAAACAAUAAAACUCAGCUUCAGCUCAGGCUACAAACUGUAUCAGCCAAUUCGGCCUUCUAGGCCAUGACGACAUCAGUGGUUUUCAUUUCUUUUCUGCUUUUUGCUGCAAAACAGAACACGCCUCCAUGUUUGUUUUCCUUCUGAAGUCUCGUCCAAUCACGCGAGUGUUCCACACCGCCAUAAAACAACGGAAGAAGAGGAAUCUCGUGCGUUUCUGUGAGAUUUCAAUCGUCACUGUGAGAUUGUUUCCUACAGUCGGCAAGUUUGUGGUUUCACGUUCUGGCCAAAUCGUCCAGUGUUCGGACAAUUAUAAGAUUAAAAAUCGGUUCAACUGUCGUCGUGUCUGAAAUCUUUAGUCCCUGAAUUACAAUGUGAAACCAGAACUAACCAGAUGAAACUAUGGAACAAACACAUGAAGCUUCAGACUCUCAGUGAGAAAAACAUCUUCAAAGAAUCUCUGACUGAAACGUUGCUAAUGUUCAAAGAGCUUUCCACAGAUUCGAGUGUGUGGAGGAGUCUUAUAAUGUGUUUCUUUUUGCUUUAGUGCUGAUACUGAGUCUGAUGUUUAUUUUCCUCUGUUAAAUGAAAUAAUGCAGUAACUAUAAUAUGCCUCACAACUGAUUUAAAAACUACCUGUGUGCUUGUUGGAUGAUUUACAGCUGAAUAUCGAGCUCAGGCUGACGGGAAGAGUCGCUGAUCAAAUAUGGAAUUUGGCCUCUGCUCUCUGAUCAGACUCAGAAACGGGGUCAGCAGUGAUGUGCACGUGAAAACAUCUGCAGCCCAAAGCUUGUAGCUGUGCACGUUCUGUCUGUUUACACAUGAACAUGGAAUAUAACUGUUUUUAAAUUAUAAUAUCAUGUCCCUGUCAAUAGUCAUAUACAGUCUACAUAUAGAUGCAUAUCUAAAUGUGUGUGUAAGACUCUGUAUCUUUCAGGGGAGUUCAACAAUAAACAUCUUUGACUGUU